GAAGUCAUUUGGAGGUGUUUUGUUGUUCGGUGGAGUUCUGGCACGGCGCAGGCACGAGCAAGUAUGAACGUCAUUUUGAAUCUGAUAUUCCAGUUAUGGUUUGGAGUUGAUCGACGGCGCAUUGCCGAACUGCUCCGUUGGCCAGAGCUUAGAUGUGGUGAAAGUGAUCUGUUCACUUGGAGAUUUUGUCGUGAACUACAACUAUUGUCUAAACCAGCAGUUGUUCAUCGAGAAACUGUCACCAAAUCGUUCUCUGCGAGUGCUUACAUCUGAGCACAUGGCGGAUUCGAUGCGCACUCAUGGAUUAGGUGUUCUAAACACCAGUGUAAAUAGAACUUAUCAGCUUCUGCGCAGCAAAUUUGCUGUAUUUAACCAGUUGCUGAAAGAUGAGCACAUUCAUGCACAGCUUCAGAAGGACAUCCGACAUUUUCACGAGAAUUUGGAGACACUCAAGAAACUGUAUCCUCCGAAACGAGCUGAACAGUUCAACAGAGCUUUUUCGCAGUUGAAUGCGCAAGAAGGAGAACCUACUUACAUGGAUCGUUUCAGAAUGCUCGUAACGCAGGUGGGAAAACUAGCGCUCAUACUUGAAGUCAAGUGCACGUUGCUAUAA